UAUAUACAACAUGGCCGAUUGAUAGUACUUAAAGAAUUCUAUUUAUUUAUACAUAUUUACUUACGUGUACAUAUAUUUAGUCAUCGCAUUAAACAUGCCACCCUUUGAGAGAAUGCAUCCAAUGUUUUAUGCUAUAAGUAACUUUAGACGAAGAAAAUUCAAAGAAUGCGCCGAAUUAUGCACCAGUAUUCUUGAAAAAACGCCCUAUGACGAGGCAGCCUGGUCAUUGAAAACACGGGCAUUGACUGAGCAGGUUUAUGUCGACGAUGCAGAUUUGGAAGAAGAAACAAUUGCAGAGAGUAUUCUUGAUGAAAAUGCCCUUGCUCAGAAUGUACGUCCAGGGACUUCAUUGCAAUCAAGCUCACUGGAAUCCAGGCCGGAUGGUAUAAACCCUGCAAUCAGACCUGUGACACAGUCUGGCCGUCCAGUGACUGGUUUUAUUCGUCCAGGAACUCAGUCAAGCAGACCAGGCACCAUGGAGUCAGCACUUCAGACUGCACGCACUGCACACACAGCUCGGCCAGUCAGCUCAACAUCUGCUAGAUAUGUGCGGCUGGGGACAGCGUCCAUGGUUUCCUCACCUGAUGGUGCUUUCAUCAAUUUGGCCCGUUUGAACUUGAAUAAAUACUCACUUCGUCCGGAAUUAUCCAAGUCUCUCUUUGAAUAUAUUUUCUAUCAUGAGAAUGACAUUCGAACAGCUUCAAAGUUUGCAAAUAUGGCCUUGAAAAACAGCAAGGACCAGGUCUGGUGGUGGCAAUUCCAUUAUGCCAAGUGCUGCUACAGGAUGGGUCUGUAUCGUGAUGCUGAGGUGUAUUUGAAGCAAGCCCUGAGUGAACAAGAGACUGUGGCCAUUUAUCAUUACAUCAGUAAAGUCUACGUGAAGUUGGACCAGCCUCUCAACGCCAUCGACAUGUACAAAAGUGGCUUGAACAGGUUUGCAGGAGAGGUAACUCUGCUGAUUGGCAUUGCCAGGAUUUAUGAAAGCCUGAACCAGCUGGAAGAGUCUGUGAAGUACUACCGCAAGGUGCUGGAAUUGGACAGCAUGCAAGUGGAAGCCAUAGCGUGUAUUGCCACAAACCAUUUCUACAACGAUCAGCCUGAAGUGGCCCUCAAGUACUUCAGGCGGCUGCUCCAGAUGGGGGUGUACAAGUCUGAGUUGUUCUGCAACAUGGGCCUUUGUUGUUUCUAUGCCCAGCAGUUUGAUAUGGUAAUGGUGUGUUUCAGCAAGGCCUUGGCUUUGGCUGAUGACAACAUGGUUCUGGCAGAUAUCUGGUACAAUGUGGGACAUGUAGCCAUUGGAAUUGGUGACCUUGAUCUGGCUCACCAGUGUUUCAGGAUGGCCCUCUCUAACAACAACGACCAUGCUGAAGCUUACAAUAACUUUGGGGUUAUUGAGUUAAAGAGAGGACAUUGGAAAUGGCGAGGUCUUUCUAUCAGUCUGCUUUUGUUUUGGCUCCGCACAUGUUUGAACCACAUUACAACUAUGCUGCACUCAACGAGAAGCUUGGUGACCUGCAGGGCAGUUACAAUGCUGUGCUGAAGGCAUUGAAGGCCUUCCCGCAGCACACAGAGUCGAAGGAGCUGCUGCAGCAGUUGUGUCAGCACUUCUCUCUUCUUUGAGGGUUUGGCUGCAAGAAGAAGAAGAAGAAGAAGAGAAGAAGAACAACAACAACAACAACAACAGCAGCAGUAGCAGCAGCAGUAGUAGCAAUUGUAGUAGAUAUAAUGAUGACAGUAGCAUCAACAACAACAGUGGGAAUAACAGCAACAACAACAACGACAACAGCAGCGAUGUCAACUGUGGCAGUAACAAGAAAAGGUGUCACAAUGAUGAGAGGUUGGGAUUUACUGAAAUAAGGGUUUGGAGAGGAGGAGGAGGAGAGAGAGAGAGAGAGAGAGAGAGAGAGAGAGAGAGAGAGAGAGAGAGAGAAGAUUAAAGCGAAUUGUCCUGGAUUAACCAGUAAUAUCUUAGGACAGCGUUUUUCAGACUUUUUUGUCACGACCCACUGAAGGGUCAGGACCCACUGCUUGAAAAACGCUGAUUUAUAUUCUGCCCUCAGCGUCCGCUUGCGUUUUUUUUCUUUUCCCUUUUAUUUUGUCGAGACCCAUUUUAUUUAUCUCGCGACCCACUGAAAAGGUCGGGGUCCACAGUUUG